AGCGGCGUGCAGAGGCACCAACAAAGUGAACAAACAUGAGGCAGACGACAGUCGUGCGUGUGAGGUAGGCGGUGGACUCCAACCUGUGGCGCGCGCCUGAGCUACCCGGCCAUGACCGCCCCGUUCCAGCUCACCGCCUGCUUGUUACGUCUCGCCCUGGCGGGGCUAGUGUUUGUCUGGUGGAGACCAUGCGAGGGAAACGCCUCCAACAACAAGACAGUCUGCGUCCUGUACGAGGCUUCGCCCAACAUCAGCUGCCUUCUGGAAGGCUACGACAGGAACUUCAGGCCGAAUUUUGGCAAGGAGGCCCUGGUAAUUAACAUGAGCAUGACCGUGGCCAGCAUCGACUCCGUAUCAGAGGUGGAUCUGGAUUACACCAUUACCAUCCUUCUGCGGCAGUUCUGGAAGGACCAGAGACUGGCCUACAGGGGGAUGAACAGGAGUCUGAGUCUGGACGGCAGACUAGUGGAGGCGCUCUGGGUACCCGAUACCUUCCUCCUUAACUCGAAGGAAGCAUUUCUCCACAAGGUCACUGUAGACAACAGAUUGAUACGACUGUUCCCCGAUGGGGAGCUCAUAUACGGCAUGAGAAUAACAUCUGUCCUUGCGUGCAAGAUGGACCUGAGAAAAUACCCGCUGGAUGAGCAGACAUGUACCCUGGAGCUGGAAAGCUAUGGGUACACCAAAGAAGAUCUGAUAUUCACGUGGAAGGACGGUAAUAAAUCAAUACACAACCUGGACAAGAUCGACCUGUCCCAGUUCUCCCUCGGUGAUCACAACACAAUGACCUCAGAAUCCGUCUACGAAACAGGUGUCUACCCGAGACUGAUACUGAGCUUCAAGCUGCACAGAAACGUGUUUUUCUUCCUGCUGCAAACCUACGUGCCAUCCAUCCUGCUCGUUAUCAGCUCCUGGGUGUCCUUCUGGAUCAACCACGAGGCGGUGCCGGCCAGGGUAGCUCUUGGUAUAACCACCGUUCUGACCAUGACGACGUUCAUCACCAGUGCGCGAGCGUCUCUACCCAGAAUCUCCUACAUCAAGGCGGUGGACGUCUAUCUGGUCAUGUGCUUCGUCUUUGUCUUCGCCGCCCUCCUGGAGUACGCCUUCGUCAACUUCGAGUCCACCACGUCCAAGCACCGAGCUAGGAAGAGGCUCAGGGCCAGAAAGAACAAAAAUAAAAAGCAGGAGGAGGUAAAGGUACUGGAUGAAGCAAAGCCGCUGAAGGGUCCCCUGAAGGCAGCCGUCAUGGAGUCCAAGAUCGACGACGAGUCCCCCACCUCCCCCGGGCUGGGGUCAACGGCCUCCAGCACGCGCAGAAGGGAGAGACAGACCACGUUCUUCGACGUGGCGUCCAACGUCGUCUCCAAUCUUCGCGAGAAACGGGCCGCCUUCAAAGUCGAGAUCAAGGACAUCAACGUCAUCGACAAGUACUCCCGUAUCAUCUUCCCGCUGUCUUUUGUACUGUUCAAUAUUUUCUAUUGGAUAACGUACACUUUCUGAUGGAGGGAUAUAUGCUCUUGGCGAUGAUGUUAUGUGGUUGAUGAGAAAGUGUCUUCCGGCGGUUCUUUGUAAAAAGAAAUGACAUUUUGUGUCAUAUCUGUACAUAUAUAUCAGCUGUUCUGUGGCCUACCGUAUUUUGCCAGCAUUUGUAGUUAAGAAGUUGGCUAGCAGGCUGGCUGGACGGAAUCGGUCCGUAUACUUCUUACAGAAGGUUUUGGUGUUUAGAAAAUUUCAGUCGAGAUAGUGUCGUGUAAGGCAAAAAAAUGUGGCUUAGUACAUUUGUCUCGAG